AUGGCAAGCGAGAUCGUUGAUACAAAGGUUAGAGCGCCCCAGAAAGUGACUGGCUCCCCUGCAAAUCGUGGCUCUCCUCCAUCGACGAAGAAAAAGAAAGGAGUGCGUAGCCCUACGACAAUUGGCAUACUGCUGAGAAAGCGUAAUCUGAUGGCAAGGCUUGGGUCUCCUAGGAAUUCUGGAGUAGGAUAUGGGCAGAGAGAACUAAAAUCAUGCCAGUUAGGCCCGUCUCUAUCAGUGGACCGGAAAAAAAGCCCAAGGGGCAGCAACACACAAGACAAACAGUUGCAACCUUUUAAAUAA